AUGCCUCAAUCCAACGACCAUGAGUCUCUCGCGCCCAGCAACAGCAACAGCAACAGCAACACAGACGUCAGCCGCGCCCGCAUAGAAUGGCAACUCUACACUUCCCACUUCCUGUCCAUGUGGAACUCGCGGCUCUUCGAGUUUGGCGCCGUGCUCUUCCUCGCAUCGAUAUUCCCCUCGACGCUUUCGCCCAUGUCCAUCUACGCCCUGGUCCGCAGCUUGUCGGCCAUGCUCCUCGCGCACCCGCUCGGCACAUGGAUCGACAGCGGGAAUCGACUCGGCGUCGUGCGCGUGUCGAUUCUGGGCCAGAGGCUCGCCGUGGCAGGGAGCUGCGGCGUGUUGUUGCUCAUCGAGCUGCGCAUGCGGGCCUUGGGAGUGACGGGCGUAAACGGGCUGUUUGCGCUGCUCGUGGCGUUGGCGUGCGUCGAGAAGCUGUGUGCUGCCAUGAAUACAAUCGCCGUCGAGAGAGACUGGGUUGUUGUCAUGACGGAGGGGGACGAGGAUUGGCGACGAGUGAUGAAUGCGAGGAUUCGCCGUAUUGACCUCGCAUGUAAACUCGUCGGGCCGUUUGUCAUAUCCCUCGUCGCAAUGGCGUCUACCGUCAUCGCAAUCUGGACCGUGCUGGGCGUGAACGUGGCCUCUGUUCUCAUCGAGUACAUCUGCAUAGAGAGGGUAUACAAGAGUGUUCCGGCCCUCGAGCGAGUGUCUGCCGAUGAGGAAAUUGCCUCGUCCACCCGAGGGGAGGAUGAGCGGGCGCCAUCACGCCUCACGUCCUUCAUCUCAAAUAUCCUCCCUCUGUCUUCGAUCCCCUUUUACGUCCGCCACCCCGCCUUCCUCCCCUCCUUCUCCCUGUCUCUUCUUCAUCUCACAGUCCUCUCCUUUUCCGGCCAAAUGGUCACAUACCUCAUGUCGGUCGGCUACACCCCGUUGCAUGUAGGCAUCGCCCGCACAGGCAGCACCAUUGUCGAACUGAGCGCCACGUGGGUUGCGCCCCAGCUCAUUGGGAGAAUUGGUCCUAUACGGGGUGGGUUGUGGAGCUUGAACUGGCAGAUGGCAUGUUUGGCAAUCGGCGUGUGUUGGUACAUGGUGGACGUGAACAAGCGCGCAAGCGAUGCCUUUAUGUCCGCAACAGUCAUGGCCAUCUGCGUGGCCUUUAGCCGACUGGGUCUUUGGGGCUAUGAUCUUUGCGCGCAGAGCAUAGUCCAAGAGGUGAAGAAGCCAAUCAUCAUGUCCAAGUUCAAGGAUUUCGAAGUCGAAGCUACCCACCGAGGGUCGUUUUCCACGGCAGAAGCAACAUUCCAGAACCUCUUUGAGCUUCUCUCUUUUGCAUCUACAAUCGCCUUCUCCAAGCCAGAUCAGUUUCAGUGGCCCAUGUUGAUAAGUAUUACGGCAGUAACACAUCAAGGUAGCGGUUAA